AACAUACUUUCAUGACGCCAUGACAGGUCACGUGAUGUAAAUUUUUGUCGGGCAUGCGCGACAUCACGAAUUUUACAAGUGAUUUUGAAACGAUGGACUUUUUCGCGGAGAAAAUUGUUAUAAAAUACUUUACUACGAACCAAAAUUUCGAUUACAGUGCAUAAAUACUCGUGUGUCUCAAGUGUUUGUGUUUCAAAUUGAUUUGUGCAAGGAAGUGUUACUUCGCAAAGGUCAGUUUCUCAAAAAGGUAACAAAACCAUGUGAGAAGUGCCUUAGCACUACCGGUGUAAAGUGCUCAGUUAGUGUUAAACUGUAAAAGUGCUAGCACUAGCAGUGCAGUGUGUGUAGCAAAGUGUAGUGUGUGUGAGAUGAGAGCUGAACAGACUUGGACAGUUUGCGUAACGACAGAGGUCGCAGAGGAUUGAUUAGGAAUACAAGAUGGCCCACUUCCCUCAACCAACAUCACUAGAGGCGGCGCUACCUCUCAUGGUAAAGCCGGACCUCCGUCUGCGUCAGCAGCUGGGCGAACAACUACCGGCGCUAGUUCGACGGGAACCAGAGAUUGAACACGACAUUGCUGCUCAAUUACUGGACGCGCUGGUGCAUUGGCUCAAUGGGGGCAACUUUAAGGUGGCCCAAAACGGGCUGGAGACGAUCGCGGCGCUCGCCGAGCGGCUCGGAUCGGAUUUUUCCUGCUACGUGCCCUCGGUACUGCCGCAUAUCAUCGACAGGCUGGCAGACACAAAGGAAGGCGUCCGCCACAUGGCGCGAGUCUGUAUCGCGGCGCUAGGGGAAAGUCGUGCCGCCCCGCCCCGCGCGCUCCUAGCACGCCUCAUCCCCGCGACGCAACACAAGGCGCCACACACGAGGGAAGAGGCUGUUAGAACCAUUCAAACACUACUAGACACGCACGGCGCGCAAGAACUGCAACUUCGAGCGGCCGUACCGAACCUCGCCGGGCUUUUAGGGGACCCCAGCAGUCCAGUGAGGGAUGCGGCCAUGCAACUACUAGUCGACAUGUACAGACAUGUUGGUGAAAGACUGAGAACUGACCUGAAGAAGAAGGAACUGGUGCCGGCGCAGAAGCUGGCGCUGCUGGAACAGAAAUUUGACGAGGUCCGGGAAGCGGGCCUAUUACUACCCACAGCUCACUCGGGCGUGGACGAGGCGGACUACGUGUCGCGCACGACGGCGCGGCGACAGUUCGCGUCCGCCACCACCGCCACCGCAGCCCGGGCCCGGGACGGGGACCACUCCGGGGCCUCCACGCCAGCGUGUGAAGUACCAAAGAGGGCAAUCGCUGGGUUAUACAGUCUACCGUCGGCGAGUAGGAAACCUCCACCGCCGACCAAACUCAAUAGUGCUACUAGUGUAUCAUCCGGCGCGAGCGGGACCGGCGGCGAGGCCGGCGCGGUGUCGGUGGAGGCCUUCGAGGCCGCCAUGGCCGCCACCGCGCCCGCCGCCAUCUACGGGGCCCGCGGCCUCGACGACCUGUGCCGCCACGCCGCCGCGCUGCUGGGCGACAAGGGCGCCGAGUGGGAGAGGAGAGUUGAUGCUCUAAAGAAAAUCCGGUCCCUAUUGACAGCCAACGCGCACGCGCAGUACCCGACGGAGUUCGCGGCGAAUCUGAAGGAACUCUCCGUGCCUUUUCUAGUCGUCAUCAAGGAUCUCCGGAGUCAGGUGGUACGGGAAGCGUGUAUCACCAUCGCGCACAUGGCUAAAGUACUCAAAAACAAACUGGAGCAGUUCAGCUUGUACAUAUUACAAGAACUCAUCAACCUCAUACAGAAUGCUGCCAAGGUGGUAUCAUCAGCGGGCACCGUGUGCGUGCGAUACAUCGUCACAUACGUGCACUGCCCGCGUCUGGUCCCGGUCGUUGCCACCAAUUUAACAACGAAUAAGUCCAAAGAGAUCCGCUCUACUUUAAGUGAAAUCCUAGUUCUAAUGCUGGAAAAAUGGUCGCUGCCAGCUAUGGAGAAACAACUACCCGUAGUGAGAGAUGCAAUCCGUCGCGCCUGUAUAGACGCGGACAGCACCGCCAGAACUUAUGGACGCAGAGCAUACUGGGCGUACAAGCGAGCGUUCCCCGCCGACGCCGAGCAGCUGUUCGCUCGACUGGACGCGGCCGCUCAGAAGCAGCUAGAACGAGAACGAAACGUCGGCAGCGUCGACAGCUUGCAACACGUCGGCACCGAGAGACGAAUGAUCACCAGCCCGCGCAGCCCAUCUGUCAGCGUAUCAGAUCGGUCUCCGAGCGGCGCAGCGGCCCGCUCCGUGUCCGCCGUGGACGCGGCGGCCGCGCAGCGCGCACGCGCACGCGCACUCUACUCGCACAUGACGCGCGCCAAGAUGGCGGCCGGCACUGCCAGCCUGCCCCGCGCGAAAAGAUCUCCACAGAGCAACAGCGGAGUCCCGCCGAGCCCCGAGAGAGCGGUCGGCCGCUCGAGGUCGCGCCCCGGCGUGUCGCAGUCGCAACCGACAUCUCGGUCAUCGUCGCCAUCAUCUAGGACUUCGGGACCGCUCUCGUUGGCCAGCGCUCGGCGCCGCCCCUCCGGGAUCCCGCGCUCCCUCGCCGGCUCCAGGGAGACUAGUCCUACCAGAACGGGUCGAUCCAACAGCGUGGUGGGCUCUUCCAUCCGCAGACGCGAGUCCGUGGAGCGAACUACCCGCGCCCCGUCGGCCACACUACGGUUACUGCAGCAGACCAGAGACGCGGAAGGAGUACUAAGGAGUCCAGAGGACAGUUCAGCGUAUGACAGCGGUCGGCGAGAUGACGAUUCUGAAGCUUCCAGCGUCUGCUCGGAGAGGAGCUUGGAUUCAUACAGGAGGCACGAUAGCGUGUCAUGGUCAGGGUCGGCAUCGAGACUGGGCUGGGAGGGCUCCCCGCCGCCCCCGCCCCCCGCGGACGAGAUCAUCGCCCUGUGCGCGAGCACGCACUGGACCGAACGGAAAGAUGGCCUUACACAUUUGGCCAACUACCUAAACUCCGGUCGCCUCCUCACUGACUCCCAGCUCCGUCGUCUCACGGAACUCCUCAACAAGAUGUUCGUGGACGCCCACACGAAAGUGUUCAGUCUACUCCUGGAUGCCGUCUGUGAACUACUCCUCGUUCACUGGCAGCAGUUGAAGGACUGGCUGUACCAGCUGCUCUUCAGGUUACUAAUGAAGUUAGGGACGGACAUAUUAGGCUCAGUGCAAAGCAAGAUCAUGAAGACGCUCGACGUUAUACACGAGUGCUUCCCGCCUGAACUACAGCUGCAUAACAUAUUCAGGUUCCUGGCGGACGGCGCGACGGCCCCCACGGCCAAGACGAAAGCGGCCGCGCUGCGCUUCCUCGCCGCGCUCGCGCACGACUACUGCACGCCCGGCGCAUGCGCACAGGCUCUGCAAGGUGGCGCCACCGGCGUGGCGGGUCGCGCGUUAGUAAAGGUGGCUUCACACGCGCAGGAUCCGCGCGCGGCCGAUAUCAGACUCAACGCUCGCCGCGCUUUAGCUGCCCUCUACGACUGUAACCCUGUGCCUUUCACGGCACUAAUGAGCGAGCUGUCGCCAGACACACAAGCUCUAGUCAACGGAGUGUUACAGCAACACGUCAGGAGGACCUCUAGCACCGGCAGCGACUCUCCGUUGAGGACCUCCUCGGCGACACCGAAUUCGGGCACCGAUGACGUACAUUCACGUAUUAGACGGACUACUACUGAGAUACAUACGUACACCGCGCAGCACUCUAACGCCGAGUGCGGUAACCACAUGUCUAGCAAAGACUCCGGGAUCAGUCAGAUGUCUGACGUCACACUAUCUAAUAAGGGCGUCAACGGGGUACCCAACGGACAUUAUAAUGCUGAUAGCGCUCGUGCGUUGUCGGCCGACAGCUCCGAGGAAGCCACCAGCACCAAGGAGUCCUCGCCCGUGCCGCACCACCACAGGCUGGACCUGCCACCCCACGGAGACUACAACUCGGCGUUAUGUCGUGACAAGAUGAAACCGUACGAGACUGAUGAAAAUGGGUUCCUAAUAACCAAAUCCGGCCUCCAUGAACAAGAAGUCCUAGAGGCCCUCUGCCAACUCGAUACACAACACGCGCCGCCAGAAGAGUGGGAACGUCUCCUACUCGCCACACACGAGAUCCUCAAGUACGGGGACUGCCGCAAGCCCUCUGAAUACUUCAAGAACAUAGUGCGGGUGGCGUUGGCGACGCUGGCAGUGGACGAGAACGCUGGAGACAAGGAGAACUCUGAGAAUGCGUCUAAUGCCCAACAGCCCUCAGGGUGGGCGACGGCGAGCGAGCGCGCGGCGGCGGAGGCGGUGAAGGUGCUGAUCUGGCUGUGCCGGCGCCCGGAGACCCGCCCGCAGUGGCUCGACUACUUCGACCUCAUCCUGCUCAAGCUCAUCAACGCGUACGGCGCGCUCAGCAAGGAGGUCAUGCGCGCCGUGGACCAGGGCCUGCCGCAUGUGGCGCAAGCUCUACCCGCCACGCAGGUCCUAGCCCUCCUAAAGCCUGUAAUCCGCACCCGCGGGUACCCGACCUCGCUCUGUGCGUUGAAGUUGGCGGCCGAGGUCGCCAAGGCGAGGAGCAACGAGCUCACGGACGACAUCGUGGGACAACUCAUGGACGGAGUCUCACAGUUGGCCGACCACCAGAACUCAGCCGUGCGGAAAGCGGCCAUUUUCUGCAUGGUGGCAUUCACGUUUGCGCUCGGGGAGGAGCGGAUGCAGCCGCAUUUGAAGCAUCUCUCCGUGAGCAAGUGCCGGCUACUACAGGUGUACAUCAGCAAGCACCGCGACGAGGCGGGGGGCGGGGCGCGGCCGGCCGCGGCGCCCGACACGUAGCGGCGGCGUCGGCGCGCGCGCACCACCACCCGCGCCACACAGACCAACGAGUAGCAAGCAACCGCCCGACGUCCUUUGUGAAGGACACCCGGUAUGAGGGGAGUUGGCUGUUACGUUGUGGUUUAAAUUGGGAUUUAGUUAACGUGUAUAGAAAGGGUAAUUUUCGUAAAAAUGUUGUUGACAAGAAAUAGCCACAGAUUCUCAAGAUCCUCUAUAAAUUUCAUACAUUUUCGUUGGGACAAUAAAAAGUUAUCGUCAAAAAACAGUAUGGCGUCGUUCCACAGUGAGACUUGUGGAAUGGAUGGAUUGGAAAAUAAAUUGAGACGUCGCUUUGAAACUUUCGAAAAUUCAAGUUAAGAUUAUAGCUACCAAACCCGUCUGCAGGAAUUCUGUACACCGGCGAGUUUUUCAAAACGCGUUUCUAAUAUAAAUACAUUAUUGUAGACAUCAUUAAUAAACAGCUAUUGCUUUUAGUUCCAGCGAUCAAAUGCAUCUGGUGCUCUUUAAAUUGAAAAAAAUACGUUUAUGUACGGAAUUUCACGCAAACUGCUGCAUUACCUUUAUAUACCUUUCUCGGAAAUGCAAGCUAUUUCAAUCCUAACAGGAGAUAAAAAUGAUUUUUUUUAUACGUUAUACCAUCAUAUGACGUAACGUAACUUGAUUAUUAAAUAAAUCACAACGUAACAAUCAACCGCCACGGCAACUCGGUGGCUGGCGAAAGGCGAGCCUUGUCAUUCAUUUAUGUGAUACUGAUUUACGUUACUAUUGAUCUAAAGCCGACGCACUACACUAAUACAUUGAAGUAUUGCGUACUGUUUAAUUUUAAGGAACGAUCACACGUUGAAGUCGCCAUAUAUCCUAAAUCCAUAUGUACUUUCAAAAGGACAUUAUUCUGAACUAUAAUGGAAAAUAAAAGGUUCCAAAUUUUCCAAAUUCUAAACUGCAAAAAUGACUACAGUACCUAGGUUAUAAUAUACGUAGCAUUGUAGCCCUCCGCUUUCAAGACAAUCUUAAGAUUAACAAAUGCCUCAAAAUCGACUUUAAAGCGACGGCAAUAAUUAAUAAAGUGAUCAUAAAUAUCUCAACGUAUACACUACUAGCAAACUAUAGAAUCUUUUGUGUACCAUGUUUAUCGCAAUAAAGCAUUUCAAUUUAUGAAGAUCAAACAUAAAAAAUAGUCAUCGAUUUUAACUAAAAAAUAUAAUAGACAAACUCGUCUCUACGUCCUGGGAAAGGAUUUUUGUAUAUGAAUGAACACCUUUUUCUAUUUAAAAAAAUGGCGACUAUAAAAGAUUGAUAACACUUACAAAUUAUGUUGUUAUAAUAAAUAUGUCUCGAAUAGAUCAAUAGUACUCUUAUAUUUCGACUCUGUUCGUAAUACGUUAAUGACUACGUUUGUUUGUGUUAAAAAGUGUAAGAUUUCAUAUUUAUCAACUAACAAAAUAUUGACGGUGUAAAUGUAAAAUGACUUCAUAUAUGACAUUAAUGACAUCAUAAUGUCUUGAAUAGCACACUUAUAAUAUCUUCUUCUUCCUCGCGUUAUCCCGGCAUUUUGCCACGGCUCCUGGGAGCCUGGGGUCCGCUUGACAACUAAUCCUAAGAAUUGACGUAGGCACUAGUUUUUACGAAAGCGACUGCCAUCUGACCUUCCAACCCAGAGGGGGAACUAGGCCUUGUUAGGAUCAGUCCGAUUUCCUCAUGAUGUUUUCCUUCACCGAAAAGCGACUGGUAAAUAUCAAAUGAUAUUUCGUACAUAAGUUCCGAAAAACUCAUUGGUACGAGCCGGGGUUUGAACCCGCGACCUCCGGAUUGAAAGUCGCACGCUCUUACCGCUAGGCCACCAGCGCUUAGAAGCACACUUAUAAUAUCUAACAAGCGAAAACCACAUGUUCUUUAUAAAGAACAAAUUUGAUUUUUGAUUGUGAGUUUUAUCCUCGAAAUCGAAAUUUGAACUAGAGUUAGACCUAGACAAGUCUGCAAAGACUUUGAUAGCACACGCAAUGCAAGUGUUAUUUUAACCUCAUAAGAACCACCAUAUAGUUUUUUAAUUUGAACCUUGUUCUCUAAGUAAAUUGGAACGAAUUUCGUUUGUUUUACAACGCAGUGAAACAAAAGAAAUGCUACUCUAUUUGUUUCAUCAAAAGGUUCAAAUUAGAUUGCAAUGAAUAUGUACAUUUUAAUAUACAUUUAGAUGUUAAACGUCAAACUUUUAUGAAAUUAUGACGUAUAAAUAACACUUGCACUGCGUAUGCUAUUAAAAUCGUUGCACUUUUCUUGGUCUAACUAUAUAAUGGAAUUUAAGAAGGUUUCAAAAUGACUGCGUUAUACGGUAUAUUUUGUUUCAAGUAUAAAUAAAAAUACAGUUUCGUAGUUGAUAAAUAUUAAGUGUUGUAUUUUAUUAAUUAUAUAAUAAAAAGACAUGUUAAUUUAUUUGAAAAUGAUUCGUAUGGCAAGGGGGAGCGCGCGUCCACAAAUUUGUACAGAAUUGUAUUGUAUAUUAGAUGUGGUUUUCGGGUGACAUUGGGUGACAUUAAAAUAUUUAUACUCCAAUAAAAAUAAGUCGCGAAUCUUUUAUGUUUUUUCACAAAAAUAAAACAAUUGUUUGAUGAUUUAAUGCAAAAUUGUGUUGUUUUUUAACAUAUUACCACACAAUUGUAUCUACUGUAUUGUACUUUUUAGUCAUACUUGUUACUAGAAUUAUGUUAUCAUAGUAAGUAAAAUGGUUUCUACAGUACUUUAAAAUAAACUGGUUAAAAAUAAUGUCAUCCAAUAUAACCCUUAAACGUAUUGGCUUAGGUACGGCAAUGUCUAGUGCGGUGUAUAAAAUUAUGUACGUUGGUAGGUAUUUAACUCUAACUUAUUAAUAAGGACCGGACAUUUCGUUGCAUUUUAAAAACAUAGGCCAAUGGAGUUUCUUGUUUCUUAUUUAUUCACCUAAAUCCCAAUGUCCUUUUAAAAGGACAAAAUCAAAUCCAAUUUUGUAACUACAAUAGAAAAGGUUCCAAAUUAAAAAAAUUAAAAAAAGACGGUCAUACUUAUUUUCGAAAGUAGUUAAAAUGGUAACACUAAAUUCUUGUUCAGAUUAGUGACAUCAAUCGCCGUAAUCAUAAACUCCAGCCGCUUAGAGGCAAAUAAAAAGGUCUCUUAUUCCAUUAUAUUUUGAAUUAUUAUUAUAUAUUUUUAUUUUGACAAAACAGAAUUGCAUAUGAGAUCCGUGAGCGGCUACAGAAUAGGGAUGAAGUCACGUUGGAUCUUAUAAUAAAGUCUAGUAACAUAGAUAGCAAAUGAACAAUUUAUAAAUAAAUAAUUUCUUUAUUCAGACACGGUAUCACAAUAUUGUAGAUAUUAAAAUAAUAUAUGGAAAUAAUACAAAAAUACAGAACUUGAAAGUUUCAAAAUUUAAGUUAUUUUUUAACUUCCAAAAAGGAAAAAGUAAGGGUACCAUUCGAUUCCUUACAUUUUAUCCAAAAAAAGAUUGUACUGCAACUAUAUACAUAAACGCAAUAUUUCACCGACAAAAACGCAAUUUUCUCAUUUUGUCCAUACAUUCAAAAUGGCCUCUCAGUGAACUUGACGUCACGUUCACUUAUCGUUUUGUUAGAAGCGUUUCACGAGUGAAGUACGACUGUCGGACUUUGACUACCAUUUCUGACUUUUGUAUUGCUUUAAUGCAAUGGGUCCCAUAUAGACAUUUGAUCCCAAAAAUAAACCUGAUCGAUUGAUACCAUUAAUGAAAAUUUGUCAUCUAGUCUAUUGCUCGAGAAAUGUAGUUUCAACGGACAACUUUUAAGUAACUUAUAAUACCUAUUAAACUGUAGCGAUAAAGUUUUUUAAGAAAUUUCACUGCCCACUAUGUUAAAAAUGCCGCGAAACGUCCGACCCCUACUUAUUAAAUAGUUUUUGAACGCACUUUCAAAAAUACUUUACCCGUUUCCAAUCAAUCCAGUUUUAAAUAUACAAUAGAAAUAAUACAUACAAUACAUAGAAGUAUUUUUUUUAUUUUAAGAGGAAAGGAGACGACCGAUUCUCCAUACAAACUUAGUCCCCAUUUUCCUCUCUGGAUAUUGACCAUAUUGAAAAUAAUUUUACAUAAUUGAACGUAUACUAAUAGUGUUGUGUUCCUGCCGGUGAGUAAGGUUGCCAGAGCUCGAGGGAGAGGAGUGUUAGGGGCGGCAACGCGCAUGUAACUCCCCUGGAGUUGCAGGCGUGCAUAGGCUACGGAGACUGCUUAACAUCAGGCGGGCCGUAUGCUUGUUU